AUGACCUCUAACCCGCUCCAACCACCCAAGUCGUCCAAGAUGAACAAGGAGGACAUUGGGAGAUGUGCGAUGAGGGACUCAUGUGGAAGGCGGGGCAUGUUCGGGAAGGAACUGCCCUGCCCAUACGAUGGUCCUCCAAUAGAACCAGACGAGGCGGGCAGGGCACUGUUGGUGGACGUCUGCGGCUCAGAGUUUGCAGAGAACCCCACGUGCUGCACCUCGGCUCAGGUCGAAACACUGAGGGACAACCUCAAGCAAGCUGAACCUCUCAUAGCUGCCUGUCCUGCAUGCAGGAACAAUUUUCGCUCCUUCUUCUGCAAGUUCACUUGCUCGCCAUCCCAGGGAGACUUCCUUAAUAUUACCUCAACGCAAACAACAUCCUCAGGGCAAACUGCAGUCAAGUCGGUCGACUUCUUCGUUGGGGAUAAAUUCGCGGAGGGGUUCUUCGACAGCUGCAAGAGCGUCCAGGUCGGAGCAGCUAAUGCUUAUGCAAUGGACUUCAUAGGAGGGGGUGCCAAGGACUAUGUUGCAUUCCUGAAGUUCUUGGGGGACGAGAAGGACUUGGGAAGUCCUUUCCAAAUAAACUAUCCUCGGGCCACGCCCCAGGAUUUCGUACAAUUGGACCCAAUACCCCGGAAUUGCGCAGACAACGACCUUCUGAGUCGAUGCACUUGUAUCGACUGCCCAGAUAUAUGCACCCCACUAGCCUCCAUCGAUCCCCCAGGCGCCGGCUCAACCUGCCAUGUCGGGCUAUUGUCGUGCCUUUCGUUCAUACUGAUACUCGCGUACUCCCUCGCAGUGGCUGGUUUCUUUGUCGGAUAUAUUGUUCAACUUACUAUCCGUCGAAGGAGAGAGCGAACGUACGAAAGAGUAGCGUUAGCUGGGGAGACCGCGUCACCUCGAUCACAUAGUCGUGGGUUGGUUGGUGCUGGUUCGCUCGCGACCUAUACGGAUGGCGAAGAAUCUUCCGAAAUGACUACCGAUACUAGGCAUCUUGGACGCGGCGCGUCUUUACUCGACCCCAUCCAAACCGUUCAACCACGCCAUUAUCCCCUCAAUACGAUUCUACGACGCGGCUUUUAUAAACUAGGUCUCUUCGCUGCAUCAUAUCCUUGGUUUAUGUUUUCGGUUGUCUUCCUGUUUGUCGGUCUUCUGAAUAUCGGAUGGAAGAAAUUCGAAGUGGAGACUGAACCCGUACGUCUGUGGGUUGCACCCGAUUCGGAGAGCAAGCAAAACAAGGAUUUUUUCGACCAAAACUUUGGACCUUUCUAUCGAACGGAACAAAUCUUCGUAACCGCUAUUCCGGGGGCUGUAGAAACCUCAGAAGACGAGAGGGGACCCGUGCUUUCGUGGGAGACCCUCAACUACUGGGCAGGCGUAGAGAACGACAUACGCUCUCUAAUCUCAUCUCCUAAUGGUUACGAACUCUCUGACGUAUGCUUUAAGCCAGCUGGACCAGACGGUGCUUGCGUUGUCCAGUCGGUCAUGGCGUGGUUCGGUAACGACCUCGACGAUUAUGACGAAACAACAUGGGUUGAUCGCCUCAAAGACUGUGCGGCUUCUCCUGGGGAAUGCCUGCCCGAUUACCAGCAACCGCUGGAACCGUCUUUCGUCGUGGGUGGCGUCCCCCAAGACAACAACGGACGCAAGGACUAUGUGAAUGCCAAAGCCCUUGUUAUCACAUACGUCGUGUCAAACUCGCUGGACCCAAUCGAAGAAGCAAAGGCGAUGGAGUGGGAGACCGCCCUCCGUCAGUACUUGUCUAUUCUGAGUGGACGUGCACCAUCCGAGGCAGGGUUGGAAAUCGCUUUCUCUACGGGUGUCUCGCUCGAAGAAGAAAUAAACAAGAGCACCAACAUGGACGUCAAGAUCGUGGUCCUGUCGUAUUUGGCAAUGUUCUUCUAUGUCGUCUUGACAUUAGGAAGCAAUGCAGAUAGUCGCGAGGAAGAAGGCGUCGUUGGAUCGCUUGCUCGCUGGGGUCGCAAUUUCCCGAAGCAAUUCUCGCGCUCCAUGCCCUCUUCGUUGUCCAUCGACUCAAGAGAAACGCCCACUCUUCUGCCCAGACUCCCUCGUCGACUCUUCGUCGGUGCCAAAUUUUCGCUAGGCUUAUUCGGAAUUCUACUUGUCAUCCUUUCCGUGGCCUCAUCUGUUGGGUUCUUCUCCUUGCUCGAUGUCAAGGUUACCCUAAUCAUUGCGGAAGUGAUACCCUUCCUAGUACUUGCUGUAGGAGUUGACAAUGUGUAUCUGCUGGUGCAUGAACUCGAUAGGCAGAACCUCAUGCACGGUCCGAAUGCUUCGGCUUCACUUGCAGUACAUGGAGAGGGAGACUAUGCUGCCACUACCAUGUCGCCAACAAGCUCCCACCGUUCCCCCUUCCCUUCCACCCAUGACGGCGAUUCGGCAUCUAUGCCUAUCAUCCUCUCAGCAGAGGAGCGUGUCGCAAGAACCCUAGCCAAGAUGGGACCCUCUAUCUUGCUCAGCUCGGUCACCGAAACAGUUGCAUUCCUACUCGGAGCCUUGGUACCUAUGCCGGCUGUUCGCAAUUUCGCUCUAUACGCUGCAGGAAGUGUUUUCCUUAACGCGGUUUUGCAAGUCACUGUAUUCGUCAGUGCCCUCUACCUGGAUCUUAAGCGUGUCGAAGCGAGUCGUGUUGAUUGUUUCCCUUGCAUCCGGAUGCCUUCUCGCAUCGCUCUCUCGGACGGUCCUCAGAGUAGCAGUGAUAUGGGUCCGCUUGCCCGCUUGAUUCGCCACUACUAUGCGCCAUUCUUGCUACGGCCCAUCGUCAAAGGCGUAGUUUUGGCACUCUUCGGCGGCGCCUUCGUUGCGUCUGUUAUCUCAAUACAGCAUAUAGAACUUGGCCUCGAUCAACGUUUGGCUCUGCCUUCUGACUCGUACCUUGUGUCCUACUUCAAUCACCUCGACGAAUAUCUCGACAUUGGCCCUCCUGUCUACUUCGUCUCGCGCAACGUCGAUGUGUCCCAGAGACCUGGUCAGCAAGCACUAUGUGGCAGAUUCACAACAUGUCAAGAUCUCUCAGUUGGAAAUUAUUUGGAAGCUGAACGCAAACGGCCAGAUGUCUCAUUCAUGUCUCAACCCGCGGCAUCCUGGAUUGACGAUUUCUUCCGUUGGUUGGACCCGGCCCAGGAUACGUGUUGCCGUGUACGCAGAGCGACUCCGGACGUUUUCUGUGGUCCAAAUGAGGCUCCCCGCCGUUGCCGUCCCUGCUACGAGGGGCACGAGCCCGCCUGGAAUAUCACUAUGGAUGGAUUCCCAGAAGACGAGCAGUUUAUGAGGUACCUGCAGCAGUGGCUGAUCUCGCCGACGACGGAAGAAUGCCCGCUUGCUGGCAAAGCUUCAUUCGGUACGGCACUAUCACUGAGCGAGGAGGGUACCAGCGUUAUUGCCUCGCACUUCCGCACAUCACACAAGCCACUCAAGACCCAAAGCGACUUCAUCAACGCAUUUGCGGCUGCGCACCGUGUAGCCGAGGACAUCUCCCAAGAAACCGGAGUGGACGUCUUCCCUUAUUCCAUCUUCUACGUCUUCUUCGACCAGUACGCCCACAUAGUCGCAAUCACCCAAGAGAUCCUCGGCUUGGGCCUGGCCUCUGUACUCAUCGUAACUGCGCUGCUCCUGGGUUCCUGGAGGACGGGCACAAUCGUCACCGCUGUCGUUGCGCUGACAGUGAUCAACGUGAUGGGUAUGAUGGUCGUAUGGGGCGUCAGCUUGAACGCGAUCAGCUUGGUCAACCUCGUCAUUUCUUUGGGCAUUGCGGUUGAAUUUUGUGCUCACGUCGCGCGGGCGUUCAUGAACACUGGGUCUGGUCUUCCUGUUGACCACCCCGCAGGACAAAGGGAGCGCGACGAAAGGAUGUGGACUGCUUUGGUCGAUGUAGGGCCAUCUGUGAUAUCAGGCAUAACCACUACGAAGUUAAUCGGGAUGUGUGUGCUCGCAUUAACGCGCUCGAAGCUCCUAGAGAUUUACUACUUCCGCAUGUGGCUAACAUUAAUCAUCGCUGGGGCAUUGAACGGCCUCGUCCUCCUCCCCGUCGUCUUGAGUCUGGCUGGUGGGCCAGGUUUCCCGCUUCAAGAAGCUGAUGAGGAGUGGAUGUCUAAUGCAAUUCGGAACGAUUAUGGUUAUGCCCCAUUCCUUGCAGACAACGAUUCGGUGUCAAGCGACUAG